UUUCAAGGUUACUCCCACAGUGCAUUGAACAAACAUUGUAACUAAUUACAAAUACUGACGCUGGUGGGAGGAUUCAACAAACGGGUUUUAACGGGACUCGAGCGCAUAUCAUACCAUACAAACCCAGGACAGCGUUGUCUCCGAUAAUGAAUUUGUUUACAUUCGUGUGCGCGAUCAUAACCCGAUUUUUAUUUAUUCUGGUGUCUCUCGUUGGAGUUUGGAGGGUGACCAAAGUGAAAAAUGACCAUUUGUACUGGUUACUAACUAUCGUUUAUCUUCCUUUGGUCGCGGAGAUGAUCAUUACUUUUAAGCGGAAAAGGGGCCAAGACUACAAAUGGUUUUCUCCAUCCAUCCUCUUCUUCCUCAUCAGUAUUAUACCCUCAAUCUGGAUUCUAGAGUUACAUCAUCAGGGGACCAGAGCUGAUGACCUCCAGUGUAAGAAGUUGGACUCCUGGGAGAAUGUCAAGAGCAUGGUAUCGCCCUUAAAUGGUACUUUGCGUAUGAACGAAACACUAAAGCAUCUAGAGCGGGUUCUCACCUCUGUAUGUCCAAACGACUGGAUCCUUGGUCUUCAUCAAGUUCUGCUCAUCCUUCUCAUCAUUGGGAAAUGGCUCCUCCCACUAGGGGGCGGAGUAACUCGUGACGAGCUGUCUCAGCUUUUGCUUGUCUUUGUUGGCACGGCAGCUGAUAUACUGGAAUUCACAAGUGAAUCAAUGUCUGAUGUGAAGGAGAACAACCAUCAGCUGGUGUAUAUAAUUCUAGCAGUGUGGACGUGGAGUAUGUUGCAGUUUCCUUUUCAUCUGGCAGUUGUCACAUCUCGAUCGCAGAACUCAGAUGAGAGCGGCGACAGCUGUUGUAAUUUUCUGAUGUCAAGACACAGCACAGAUAUUUGGAACAUUGUGGAGAGUUUGUUUAUCCAGGAUGGGCCCUUUCUCGUGGUUCGGCUCAUUGUGAUGAUUUACUUUGACGUUUUCCACCAGAUGUUGGUCUUCUUUGCCAUCAAAAACUUUCUAGUGGUCAUCCUCAACCUCUACAGACUCAUUGUUAUCUGUCUCGAUUUAAAACCAGCAUCAUCAUCUUCCUCUCCCCCGAUCUGAAGAAUGUCGUUGCAAGGACUGUGUUUGACAAGAACCCUUUAGUACUGUUCUUAAAUCUCCAAGCAGUUUGAAAAAGCUUCUCUUGCAGGAAUGUAUCGCAAUAAAAUUCAAUGUGGGAGAUGGAUUGCUCAUACUGCUCAAAAGGACAAUUGUGUGUCACAACAGUUUUAUAAAAGUACUUUG